AGAUGGAACAUUCGACUCCAUCGACCUUUGCACGCAGCCGGAUAUUUCUUGAAUCCAGAGUGUUUUUACUCAAACCCUGACAUAGAAAAUGAUACAGAAGUGAUGGAGGGUUUGUACAAGUGCAUAUCUAGAUUGGUGAGAGGUGAGGAUUUACAAGAUAAGAUCACGAAUCAAUUGGAAAAAUACAAGAAAGCAGAAGGACUUUUUGGUUUGCCAAUGGCUAUCCGACAAAGGACUUUAAAAUCGCCAGCUGAUUGGUGGUCUUCUUAUGGUGCAUCAACGCCUGAAUUAAAAACAUUUGCAAUGAAGAUUUUAAACCUCACGUGCUCUUCUUCAGGCUGUGAACGUAAUUGGAGUAUUUUUGAACAUAUACAUUCUAAGAAAAGAAAUAGGUUGUCUCAACAACGGUUGAAUGAUUUGGUAUAUAUCAAGUACAAUAGAGCUUUGAGGAGAAGAUACGACAUGCGAGAUAAGAUUGAUCCUAUUACUUUGUCAGAGAUAGAUGAUAGUAAUGAAUGGUUGUUGGGAAAAUUGGAUGACAGUGAUAAAGACGAUGAUAAUGAUUUUGUCUUUGAAGGUGAAGAUUUGCGUUGGAGUGAUGUAGCACAAGCAUCUGGGGUUGGUGAAAGUGCAUAUGGCUUUCGAUCUCGAAAUGCGUCUUCUUCUUCAAAAGGGACAUCAUCAUCUGCAUUAGCAAAAAGAAAGCAGUCUUCAGCUCAAACUAGUCUUGUAAAUGAAGAAGAAAUUAAUCUUGAUAAUGAAACUGAAGAAGAAGAUACUGAUGGAUACAAAUCAAGCGAUGGAGCUGAUGACAUAGAUUUGGACAAUGAAGAUGAAGAAGAUGAUUAUUUUGAUAUUUGAUAUUUCAUGUAUCAUAUUUUCAAAGACUUUUAAUUUUCAGUAAUCUGCAACUUCAUCAAAGAAUAUUUUGUUUAUGGUUAUUUGGAUUUUCAAAGACAUUUUGAAAGUUUUUUUAAUAGAUAUAAUAGCCCUUUUGUUUAUUAUGUUCUUUUCCGUAAAGCCCGCGCUUCGCCUUGCGCUUUGCGCUUUAAGCCCCAAGACCCUUGAGCGCUUUUUUGCGCUUCGCGCUUUUGACAACUAUGCUCUUACUCCAUGACUUGCCAAAUAAUCCACCACAUUCUAGACUUCAUAAGCAAAGCCGACAUUAGGUGUAUUAGAUAAACGACCUACCAGUCCUCUGGUGACUAAUAGGUUUGCUU